AUGACACCGUCAAUUGAACCCUUCGAGCUGUUUCCAAGGCCUACCCGCCCGGCAAGCGAGCUCAGAAACUUACCUCUCCCCUCUCGCCUAGGCCGAACGCCUGCGUCCACAGCCGCACUGUUAGAUAUCCUGAAGGACAACAAUGACAAAUGGCAUAUUUUUUUCAACAACCUCAAGUACCACAACCAUACCCCAGCUACCGUCCUGGCGCUAUGGUCGAUGGGGGCCAAUGCAGACAUCCUGCGUGCCUCCUACUACAAAUCCUACAUGACGUUCUUCACCUCCGAGCUACAGACGAAAGGCAUACCCCGCCUGCUCGAAGAAUACGUCUUCUCAAAAGCCAACAACUUCCCAUCGGACGGGUCGCUCCCACCACAGAUGCUCAACCGCACCUUGGACGCCAUUAUGCAUCCCAUGAUAAACAUCGGGCACGGUCUCGAGUUCAACGUUCCGGGGAUGAUCGUAGAUGGGAUGGCGCAAGCCGCUAUACAUCAGGCCUCUGCGACAUGCUUGAUCCCUGCAGAUUGGUGGGAGGCUGAGGACCCUGUCAAGACACAAACCGCUUCUUUCUCCGCCAUAGAUCUCCCCAACCCCAGCGUUUUGGCUAGUACAACGACAAAGGCCAAAGGAGUUCAUGCUUUCACUGUCCUUGCCAGGGUCUUGAAAGACCCCGAAAUGGGCAAUUUUGUGAAACCCAGAGGCGCCAAAUUGUGGGACGCCAUUAUGGCUUCACAUGGGGCCAAGUUGAAGGCGUACGCUGACCAGUGGGAUGCUGAGGGUGAUAUUGAGAAGAAGAUCGAGGAAUUGAUUUGGUUGUGGACACUUAUCUAUGGCGUAUGCGGGCAUGAACCAAACCGCAAGUAUUACGCGGAGCUUUUCCUCGCUCAUUCGGUCACUUCUGCUUUGUUCCUUGCACCAUGGGUCGCCCAUGUGAGCGACCACUCCGCACGACUCUUCCUGAGGGGGUACUUCGCCGUGACUCUUGCGUGGUACAUUGGCCGCGGUCGCCCUCCGCUCAACAUCAAGCGUUUCUUCUCCGACCCUUCUACCCUCAGCCCAAUCGUUCCAGGCCCACACCCCACACCGUCCCUUGGCGCACUCGGUGGUAACGCCACGCCUUCGUCAACCAUCACCCCCAACCCAUGGCUUGCCAUCCUCCAGACCACCCUCAGCAGCCCCGACGAACACGUUCCCAAACUCCAGCGUGCACUAAAGCACUACGCCGAGCUAUUCGAGCACGUCGAGAAGGGUUAUUUUAGCGCAGAGGAGACGGAGCUGGAGGGCGCGGAGUGGAUUGAUGGGACGUUGUUUUUGAGGACGGCGGUGCUUUCGGCGAAUAGGUUUGGGUGGCUUAGGGAGGGACAGUCGUUGAGGGAGCAUGCGGGUGGGGAUAAGGGGUAUAUGGCUAAGUUUGUUUUCGAUGCGGCGGGGUUCUUCAAGGCGCCUGGCAGUCAGGCGAGGGUGGAGAGGAGUGCAUAA